AGACGGUCAGCCGCAGCGUCCCAUCAGAAACCGGAGCGUGUGUUCACACACCAAUCAUUACAAUAGCACGGCUCGCGCACGCACACUGGAGUUUGGUUGGCGCGUGCUGAGCAACAACAAAACCUCCCACUUCACUCAGUCACCGGAGUUACGGAGUUUAGUCGAGGCGUGAGCGGAAAGCCUGGUUAUGGUCGAAAUAACCGGCGUUCGUCGCCAAACUCGGCCCAAGCCGCGGGUCUGGACUCGGUAAUGUCGACUUUAUGAGACGAGCUGUCCUUCUAAAAGGGCAUUUUUUUUGAGGCGGGCGGAGCAGCGAGCCGGCUAGCACGCUAAGAAGCUAGGAGCUAACUCCGAAAGGGGAAGUGGGGAGGCGUUUUCUCCACUCUGAGAACACUUGGCUAACGUUAGCUCGCCUAGCCCCGUGGCCACACACCCACUUAAGUGUUGUGAAAACUAAUCCAGGACAAGCUGAGGAUUUUGUCUGCGCAUUUGUUCUGCGCAUGAAGAACUGACCCUUGACUUUUAGUGUUAGCUACCGAGCCGAGAGGUCUAACAUUAAUCCGUGGGUGUUGGUAGCUGGCUAGCAAUCCGCUAUCGGAGUCCUAAUUAGCGUAACCAGCGUAAAGAGCGGUACGAGAACGUCGUGAGUUACGUUAAAAGCGUAGGCGACAGUUGGUGGGAUUGAGCCUCUGGAGGAAGUCUAUCAUGGUGUUCAAGUGACUUUUCCUCACAGAGCUCGCAGGACACAACGCGUGGAGAUGAGCAGAUAGAAGUGGUGAACUGUCGGUUUUCGUUUGGGGAGGACUAUUAGUUAGAUAGAAGCAAGAAUGAAGAAGUUUUCGCGCAUGCCGAAGUCGGAGAGCGGAGGACUGGGAGGUGGUUCGGGCUCCGGUUCCGGCAGCGGAGGCAGCAACUUCAUCGGGAAAGUGUUCGCUAUCGGGAGAUACCAGGUCACGGUGGACGAGCUCAUUGCAGAAGGGGGGUUCUCCAUGGUGUUCCUGGCACGCACCCACAGUGGAGUACGAUGUGCUCUGAAGAGGAUGUAUGUGAAUAAUGUGCCUGAUCUGAACAUCUUCAAGCGAGAGGUUAUGAUCAUGAAAGAGCUGUCAGGCCAUAAGAACAUAGUGAGCUACCUGGACUCCACCAUCAACGCAGUCGGAGACAGUGUGUGGGAGGUUCUCAUCCUUAUGGAGUACUGUAAAGCGGGUCAGGUAGUAAAACAGAUGAACCAGCGGCUGAACGGUGGCUUCACGGAGGCAGAAGUUCUCACUAUCUUCUGUGACACUUGUGAGGCCGUGGCCAGACUGCACCAGUGCAAAACGGCAAUCAUCCACAGAGAUCUGAAGGUGGAAAAUAUCCUCUUGAAUGACCAAGGGAACUAUGUGCUAUGUGACUUUGGAAGUGCCACCCACAAAGUGUUGCACCCACUCAAAGAUGGUGUGACUGCUGUGGAGGACGAGAUUAAGAGGUACACAACCCUGUCGUAUCGAGCCCCAGAGAUGAUUAACUUGUACCAAGGGAAAGCCAUCACAACCAAGGCUGAUAUCUGGGCACUUGGAUGCUUGUUGUACAAGCUGUGUUUCUUCACACUUCCAUUUGGGGAGAGUCAGGUCGCCAUAUGUGACGGAAUCUUCAGCGUUCCAGAUAGCUCAAAGUUUUCCUCCAAACUGCACUGCUUAAUCAGAUAUAUGUUGGAGCCUGAUCCAGAAAAAAGACCAGACAUCUAUCAAGUCUCUUACUUUGCCUUCAGACUAGCUGGAAGGGAGUGUCCAGUGCCAAAUCUAUUUAAUUCCCCCAUUCCCACCUCACUGCCAGAGCCACUAACGGCCAGUGACAUUGCUGCUAAGAAGAGCCAGACAAAAGCCAGAAUAACAGAUUCUGUCGGCCCCACGGAAACCUCUAUUGCCCCGAGGCAAAGGCCAAAAGCAGCCAACAGCAAUGUGCUGCCACUGCCCAACUCUGUAACUCCUGUGAAAAUGAGCGUCCCACCUGGAACAGUCAGCAACGGCCAGAAACCCCAAGGAAACGGGCAGCAGGCAGCUGUGCAGAUGCAGAGCAGUAAUCAGCACAACCGAGUGUUACAGCAGCUGCAGCCUGGGGACCUGAGACUGCAACAACUCCAUCAACAACAACAACAACAACAACAACAUCAUAACCUGCACCACCAGCAACAAGUCAGUCCUCAGCAGCUGCAGUAUAUACAGUAUCAGGCCAUGCAGCAGAGCCUCCAGAUGCAGCAGCAGCAGCAUAUGCUUCACCAACAGAUGCUGAUGCAGCAAUCCAUGUAUCAACCACAGCAACAGCAUUAUGCAGCUCUGAUCCAUCAGUAUCAGCAAGCGUUUGCUGGCCAGCAGCAGUGUGCACCAACACAGCAAGUCCCCUACGUUUCCCCACUAGAUUUUCAUGCAUCACUGAGCGCCUACAACCCUGCUGGACCUUCACCUGUGGAUGCUCCCUUCGGCAACACCAGAAUGACCGUACCUAGUUCAGAGUUGGUCAGCCCGUCUCUUCAACCUGUCAGUAACCCUCCUGACAUGUCUCGCUGGAACCCGUUUGGAGAGGACAACUUCUCAAAGCUCACUGAAGAGGAGCUGUUGGACAGAGAGUUUGACCUUCUCAGAGCAACAGAUAAACGAGUGGAAAACGCGACAAGCUUGCAGGCUGGUGGCACGACCCUGCUGCCAGAGGACCCAUUCGGCUCUGUGCCCUUUGUGGCCAAUGCAGGACCUGGUCUUCACACAGAGCAACAAAACACAGAGUCUGGUGCUGCCUCUGUUGUUGCCACUGAUGUAUUAUCUGCUCUUGAAGAUGAUGUCCAACUGCCAAUUAUUAGGGAACAGAAGCCUGUGAAAAAAAACAACUCCUCUGGCCCAUUGCCUCAUAAAACAGGGGAAGAGUCAGAGAGUGACUUUGAGUCAGAUCCUCCCUCACCCAAAAGCAGUGAAGAUGAGGAGGGGGAGGAGGAAGAAGGCCUCAACAGUGAGCAUGAAGACACUGAGCCUGAGAACCUCGGCCAGAGGCCACUGCUUAUGGACUCAGAGGAAGAGGUCGAGGAGGAGGAGGACAAACACAGCUCUGACUCCGACUGUGACCAGAGGAAAGCAAAAGUCAGUACUAGGAGACUGCCAGGAGACAAAGUUUCUGCAUUUGCUAAGGGAAGUGCUAGAGGUGAACCUGGAACCAAUCUAAUCACCCCUCCUGACUCACCCAGUGUUGCCAUGACCAGUGCAAGUGAAGUGGAUGUAUUUGGCGCAGUGCCCUUCAUCGGUGGUAGUCAGCCCAGAACGCCACCGGAGAGCAUAGAUGUAUUUGCUAAGGCCCCUUUCAGACAGGCAAGCCAGGAAAAUACUGUAGAAGAGUUAGAUGUGUUCACCAAAGCUCCCUUUAACAGGAAUCUUUCAAAGUCGAGCAGGAGCAGUGAUGCUCCCACUGGACAGACACCCCCAGUCUCUCCAGCAAGUGUAGAUGUUUUUGGCUUCUUGCCCUUCCAACCCAGCCACACCAUACCCACCUCCAGAAGCCAGGAAGACAUCUUUGGCCCAGUGCCUUUUGAGGAGCCCCAAAGCCCACAGCAGCAGAAACUAAAGCAGCGAAGCCUUCAGAAACUCUCCUCACGCCAGAGGCGCACCAAACAGGAGGCCAGCAGCGGUAAUGGAAAGCGCCACCACAGUACCCCAACAAGUGGCCGGAAGAGCAACAAGCCCAGCUUCCGUACCCCAGAGCGUGCACGGCGGCACAAGAAAGUGGGAAGAAGGGAUUCACAAAGUAGCAAUGAGUUUCUUAGUGCCUCCAAAGAGAACAUCAGCAUCAGCAUGGGGGAAGUGAAAGAGAAAGGGGCAUCUUUGCCUUCGGAAGAUGCCAUGUUGGAUCCCUUUGGUGCCAAGCCUUUCCAUCCACAAGACGGUGUUCGGCAUGGACAGCACCCAGGUCUGGGGGACAACAAAAGUGAUGUCAACUCAGCCAAUGGCAGAUCUCGGACUGGCUCUCUGCAGGCCACGUUUGAUGGGAACAAGAUGGAUGACUUUGGGGCUGUGCCCUUCACUGAAAUGGUGAUCCAUAGUGGGCCUCAGCAGCCCCCACAAAUGGAUCUUGACCCCUUUGGAGCUGCACCUUUUCCUUCAAAGCAGUGAAUGUCUUGUCUUCCGGCACACACAGAGUGCACUUGCACAAAUGCUGCUACAUUAUGCAAAGUCAAAACAACCCUUUGAAAUUUACCUAACAGAUGGCAGCUGUGUGGUGCGAUCUCGGGCUGUGGCCCAACAGAUCACAGGCCUUUGUAUUGGUUGAAAUCCAGAUUUACAGCUUUUUAAACUAUUAACACCUAACUUGACAUUGGAGUAACUUUUUUUUUUCCUGAACUUGACUUGAAUCUAUGUCUGGAUUUAUUUUUUUUUAAGGCUUUUUUGCAUUACCAGACUGCUGAUAAGCCGUUUAUGCUGCAUCACAAUGUUCUCCAAGAAAACAUUAGCAAAAAGGUGACGAUAUCCUUUGUUUUUUAUUAGAUCCCAGAUUUAGCAAUGAAUUAAAUCUACAUGCGUGCUCAAUCACGGACCACCAAAUUAUCAACGGUCCUCGUGUAGGUUGUUGCUUCCUGCAUGAUCUACUUGAUAGGUCAGUUUCACACCAUAUUGCCUUAUAUGGGUAUGCUCCACCCUGCUUUACUGUACCUCAAAUACACAAAUGGCUGUUUUGGUGCCUUUGUGUCAACAGAAUCAUUUCUGUGUAGGCCUUCUUCAUUCUUAUUUUAUGUACCAUUUUCUAUGCAUAGUGCACCAUUUUAAGUGCAUUUAAAUGGUUGCCAUUUUCUCCCAAAAUCCUAGACUAAAAAGAGAUACCCAGCAAAAUGUUUCUGAAGUUUUAGCUUUAUCACAUGACAGAACUUGGAUUGGUUUGGGUUUAGUGCUGGAAAGUUUCAUGCAAAACAGAUACAAGCCUGAUGUAAUACUGAACCCAUUAAUAACCUAAAUAUCAGUCCUGCACACACACAAUUUUGAUAUCAACCUACAAUCAUGGACAGGCCUCUUCAAAAAGGGAAAGGACAUGUAGUUUGUAAUUUUUGAAUGUAUUUUGUUGUUUUCAUUUGUACAGAAUAAGGUCUUGAAUUCAACUAACACAAAAUAAAGCAUAUAAACAUAAACAUACACACACUUAAUUUAACUGGAAAUGAGGAGAAAAGGGUGUUUUACAGUACAUAAAAUGGGACAAAGAUUUUAUAGCACUUGGGACACCAUCAGUGACUACCAUGACAUUUUUAGCUUCUUUUAUCAAUUGACCAACUAGCAUUGCAAUAUUUACUGUCUUUUUAUUUCUCAUAUUUGUUUGAUUUGUCUUGCUACACUGCUCUCUAACAAUGCAAUAAAAUAUUGAAUUCUUAUUUGGAA